UCCUGGAUCAGUUAAACCGACAUGGCUGAUGAAGGUGGUGGUGAUUUUGCUGUUUUAGUUACUGGUUUUUCACAGAUUACAAAAAGAGGAAUUAAAAACAAAUUAGCUGCCUACUUUCAAAGUAGGAAGAAAUCAGGUGGUGGGGAAUGUGAUGUUAAAAUUGUUGAAAAUGGAGAUGCUUUGGUGACUUUCUACAAAAAAGAUGUUCAAACGUCUGUCUUGGAAAGGACACAUACCAUUACCUUAGAUGGACAAAACAUUCAUCUAUCAGUCACUCAGUACAGUGGUAAACAUGCAAAUUCCGAAGAUGAUGUCCAGAAAUUUUCUUCACUAGUGAAACAAGAUUCUACCUGUGCUUCUGAAGUAGUUUCACCCAGUGUUGUACAGGAUGAAAGUAAUGAGCAAAGUGGAAUUAUCGACUCACAUCGAAUUUGUAUUAAACUACAAAAUGAGGAAAUUGAACCUGAAUUGUUCAGGCUUUACAUUGAAUGCUGUAGUGGUACCAACGCUUUCCACGUUUUACACACCAAUGAAACUUCCAUUUUUAUUGUGGAAUUUACAGACAACAUUGAUUUGAAUAAAGCUGUUUGCACUUUCAACAAUAAAAAAUUUGGUGUCCAGAAACCAGUUGCUGAGCAUUUGCCAAGAACACGAUGUCUCCAAGUUACUCAGUUGCCUGAGUCAGUAGUAGAGGAUUAUCUUGUAUUGUAUUUUGAACGCUUGCUGAAAUAUGAUAGCAAUCUGGAAGCUCAUUUGGACAAAUCUACACAGUCUGCAAUAAUGAUUUUUCGAAACCCAGAAGCGGUUGAACAUAUUUUAUCCGAAACACACACCAUAAAAGGCCAUACUUUGAAAAUGCAUCGCUAUUAUGAAGGUGAGAAGUUAACAGAAUUUACAUCUGAGCAAGACAGAAAUGACUCUAAUCUAUCAAAGAAGGACAAAGAAGAUUCUGAAUCACUGACCCAAAAGAAUGAAGAUGGAACUGAGCUUGCAAGCAGUUUUGUGACAGAGGAAUGUCGGUUCAAAAACAAGUAUAAUGUAUUGAUUUUGAAGAACCAGGGUCUAGAAAAUGAGUGGCCUCAUAUUCAGUUGCAUUUUGACAUGACACAAAAUGCAGUGCAAAUUACAGGGAUGGAAAAUGAUGUUUUAAAAAUUCAACUAAAACUGUUUAAUAAAGAAAACCAAAUAACAAUGAAAAUCGUCCACUUAUCAAAACAUUUAAGAAUAUUUUUGACACAGUUAAACAACGAAGGUUUCCUUACACAAAUGUUUUUGGAUUCGGAAAUUAAUGCCGUAUACACAUAUGAUGAUGCUGAAGAUAAAGGAGUUUUGUAUGCUGCUUCAGAAAAAGACCAACUAAAAGCUGAAGAAAAACUGAAGGUGACCUUUGCAGAGGUAACAAUACCAAUUCCAGUAAACUUUUAUGUUGAUAGCGCAAAUACUUUCAAACUGCUCACAGAGAAAACCACAACAUCUGUGAAAGGAAAACAUUUGGAAUUAAAAGAUGUCAAAGAAAAGUACUUACUGCAGCACUACGUGGAAUCAAAAGCUACGUCAGGCCAAUCUGCCUGUAUCAUCCUUGUUGGGUACAGAGUCGUCGUUGAAGAAGCAAAAAUAUACAUUGAAAAGUACAUGAAUGAAAAUUGCAUGAAGGAUAUGUUUAUUGAAGUCCCAUCACUGGGUGUCUUUGAAUAUAUCCAGAAGUUUGUUAAUUUUUCGAAUAUAUUGAAAGAUGUAAAUGUAGAUUUUGUGAAGAAUGACCAAUCAUUGAGACUACAGAUUAGAGUGAGUAUGAAAAAUGCAGCACAAACACAAGCUAUAAUAGUGGACGUGUUAAAACAAGUUAAAGUGGAAGCAAAACAACUGUGCAAACCUGGAGCUAUUCAGUUUUUUGCCAAAAACCAAGACCUUUUGAAGAAACUGGAGAACCCUUACCAAUGUGUGAUCCACAUAGAAAAUCAAAAAGGGCAACAAACAGAUCUUGCCCUUUCCAAAAAACCACAAAUAGUAUCAACAGUUAUGUUUCUGAACAAGUUUAAAAUCUCAGUCGUUAAACAAAAUUUAGCGAUUUAUGAAGUUGAUGCAAUUUUACAUCUGACAAAUGAGAUGUUUGAUUAUUCCACUGGAUUAUCAAAAACCCUUGUAGAAGCUGGUGGUCCUGAACUUCAAGAAACUGUUGAUAGACUGAGAAAAAACAGACACUUUAUGAAAGAAAGUGUUAUGAUUCCCAGCACCCCUGGAAAAUUACCAUGCUCUUUGGUCUUACAUGCCAAGUGGACAAAAUCAGAUAGGAAAGAUGUAGAAGAAGAAACAGUUCUAAAGGACAUUAUAUUGGCAGCCCUGAAUGCUGCAAAUGACCACCUUUACAUAUCUCUUGCAAUUCCAGUGUUUAGCUCAGACGAGUCCUCAAUUUGGAUUAUGGUAAAAGCUGUCAAAAAAUAUUGUGAGCAAUAUAGAGAAUCUAAUCCAAGGCUGACUGACAUCAGACUCGUGAGUACUGAUGACGCCUCUAUUAAAAUGACGAAGAAAGUUGUCAAGCAGGUAAUAGAACCCAAAGGUAAACAUUCAAAUUUGCCUGUGAUGAAGUUGGCCAUCAAAUGUGAAAAGAAAAACUCAUCUGCCAACACAGUUGAACCCCAGCAAGAAGCCAGCAGACUACCUAGCAUGCCUAAAAUGCUGCCCGAUACUGCUGUACCUGAAAUAGACCCAGCCAGCUCCGAAGAUACGUUUGUAACAAGUGAGGGAUUGAAGGUGAUCCUAGUGAAAGGAAACAUCGGUGAUCAAAAGUGUGAUGUCAUCGUGAACACGGUAUCUGUUAACAUGAAUCUUUCACAAGGACCUGUAUCUAUAGCAAUUCUAAAACAGGCUGGGGCUCAAUUACAAGCAAACACGGACGAAGCCAAAGGCUCCAAAAAGUUAAAAGCUGGAGAUGUUUUACCCGUUAGCACCAUAGAUUGUGAGUUGCAUUGCCAAGAAGUGUACAAUGUAAUUUGUUGUAACUGGAGCACAGAAAAAGCUUCACCGGCUGAAGAAAUGCUUCAAACAAUAAUCCAAAAAUGCCUAAAAUAUGCGCACACAAGCCAAUACAAAUCGAUGAGUUUUCCUGCCAUUGGCACCGGAAAUUUGAAAUUUCCAAAGGAUAUUGUAGCGGAAAUAUUUUUUGAGGAAAUAAAGAAAUUCAGCAAUGCAAAUCCUAUGUCCACACUUAAAGAAGUGAGGUUGAUCAUAUAUGAAAAGGACUUGGCUAUUUACUCGGCAUUUGAAGAGGCAUUGCUGAUAGCAGAAGGAAAUCCAAUCAACGAGCUCAACUACUCUCGAGAGAUUAGAAGUGCUAGAAAAGUGGAUUCAGAAACAGCAAAUACAAUAAGAACGACUGAGCCUCUCUUCCAAUCUCUCUUUUUGAAGCAUAUUGGGAAAAUUAUUUUUGAACUAGGCUAUGGUGGUAUUUCAAACAGAGACAUUGCCCUAGUGGUGGAAUAUGUUGAAAACAAAGCAAACAGUGACAUCAAACAAAAAGGAGAUAUACAUUACAUUCCUGUUCGAAUGAAGGGCCAAGCAGACAUUGCGAGGAGUUUUCUAAAAGUCUUGCAGAAGUGUCGUGACUAUAACUAUCAUUAUUUGUACAUCCCAGUCCCCAAGCAGUUGCCUUCAGGGCGUGCGCUUAUAGAUAUAAAGGUAUUUGCAGCAGCAGUAUUGGAUUCUGUUCGUCAGUAUGGACAAAUGAUGCAAGUGCCCUCAAUACACGUGAUAGUGAAUGAGGCCUCACCUGCACACAUCCCAGUAUUUCAAGAGGAGAUAACAAAGCUUCAAACGGGAAAAGAAGGAAUUUUGAACACAGUGUCAAAGUAUUUUGCGGGUUGGCCUUGGCUCAUUGGAAACCAAUCCUCUGAAGAUACUAAUGUACCACAGCACUCCGUAGAGCCAGUAAAGUUUCAGAUUUACUCCAUGAAGGAAGAAAAUAUUCAAGAAGUAUGGGCUGAUAUUGAAAAAUUAGUAACUAAAGAACACCUGGAAAAAACAAUACCCGUGGAAAUACCUUUAGAGAAAUUUACUGAAGAAGACUUUGAAGAAAUCAUAGAGUGUUGCUUUAGAAUGCAUGUAAUCUACAGGUUUGACAAAACUGACCGCAGCAUCUUUCUAUCUGGAUGUAUAACUGAUAUAUGUUCUGUUCAAGAUGUUAUUUUUAAGGUGUGUCAUGACGUAGGGAAAAGAGAAGUCAUACUACGUGAAGAAAUGUUUAUUAUGGAUAAGGUGUGCUGGAAAUUCUGGGUGGAAGAUCAUUGGGUAACCUUCAAUCCAACAGUGAAUGCUCAGCUUGAAAAGGCUUACAAUGAGAAAGAAAAUGAAAUUAAAGUAAGAAUAGACGGAGGAGAUUGUUGUGUGAUUGACUUUCAAAAAUACACAUUGACUGACGCUGAUGGAAAUUCUUUUCGCAUCGAUCGUAGAUGUACUGGAGAUGAACUUCCAGAUUGCUGGGAGAUUGGAGAAAAUGAAACCACAUGUUCUGAAGUACAUCUGAAACCUGAUUCCUUAGAAUACCAAGAAGUAGCUCGUGACUUUCAAAGCACAUUAGGCAACGUUGCAACCAGCCAAACGUUUAACAUUGACUCAAUCACAAGGAUCCAGAAUCCCACACUUUGGCGAUUGUAUGUUGCAAAAAGAAAUGAAAUGAACAAAAAGCGACCUCAUCAGCAGAAUGAAAAAUUUCUCUACCACGGAACUUCCUCAGAGACAUGUUCUAAGAUCAAUGUAGAUGGUUUUAACAGGAGCUAUUGUGGUUUAAAUGCUGUUUAUUUUGGAGAUGGAACAUAUUUUGCUCGGAAUGCAACAUAUUCUGCACAGGAUACAUAUUCAAAACCUGAUGCAACAGGAUGCAAAGUGGUGUACAGAGCAAGAGUUUUAACUGGGGAUUAUUGUAAAGGAAAGCCAGGCCUGAAGGAACCACCACUCAAAGAUCAACAAGCGCACAGCAGAGACAGAUACGACAGCGUCACAGAUAACGUGCUAUCCCCUGAAGUGUUUGUUGUGUUUCAGGAUAAUCAGGCAUAUCCAGAAUACCUUAUUACCUUUCAUGUCUAAUAGUGAGCAGAAACUUUGAUAGUCAUUGCAACUUCAUUCUUUUGUGCUACUUUAAAGGUUUAAUAAAAGAACAUGGAUAUGAUUUUUCCUGCAUCUGUAAAGAAUUUAUUUUCCAAGAACAAGACAACUAGAAACAUCCCAAACCCAACCUUUCACAAUCAACUUUACUAGGCUGCCUGGAGGCACAAGGGCUGAUCGGGCUGGGCUGUUUGAAUCAUUGCCAUGGGAACUCAGUUUCACUUUAUUAAAGCAGAGGAUAACAGCAACCGGCUUCCACUGGCAGAACCAUUCACACAUGCCAGCUCCCCUGACACCAGUAGCACUCCCCAUGGCCAACAAAUGAAAGUUGAACAGUUGGCAGUUGUCGUUGCUAGCUGCAGCCAUUAAGGCAGAUUAUCCCACUAUUCUUAACAACUACUGCUGAAAAAUUCACCUUAUAAAACUCAAAAUGAAACUAGUUUUUCUCUUAUCAGUGCUGCUUAAGUGCUUUUUAAUAUUUAAAGUUUUGAAUAGUAAAAGCUAUAUAGAAGUACAUUACGAAAUACAUGUUUUGAAACUUAUCACCUCCUUUACUAGUUAAUUGUGGGAGUAUGUGUAGAACUAAGAAAAUUACAAUAUUUUCCUUUAGGGUCUUUACAGGGGAUUUGAAAUGUGAAUCAUCAGAUCUGCCAAUAUUACUUGUAUAUUGCUAAGUGUGUGUAGUGGGAAAGGAAAUAUUUGCAUAUCAGUACACUUGUAUUGUUAUCUACUAAAAUCAGUUCAAGGGAUGAUUUGUUUUUUCUGGUUACUACACAUGCAGUAAUAUUGUGUAAAGAAAUUUUGACCAUAUCUGACCACUAGAAUACAUCCUUCCCCACAGUUAUGAUGUUUCUUUGGGGCUGGAAAUAAUAGAUUUCUGUGCUGGGGCAAUGGAAAUAGCUAGUACCUGCAAGUCGUCAGUUUGUAUUAAUGACAGCAAAAUUUAUUACCUUCUUUCCAAACUGUGUUCCUGUAUACAUAUAUACAUGGCUUCUGUGAAUGUGUGUUUAACUUGGUUACUGAUGAACAUUCCUGGUAUCCUUUCUUUCAACUUUUUAAAUUUAUUAGUAGUUAGUUUAUAAAUGUGUCUGUGUCUGUAUUAGUCAUAUGAUUCUUGUUUCCCAAAUAAAACAACAUAUUUGUUUUCUGA